AUGUCCGUACGGAAGUGUCAGCUAUCGACCAUCGCAGAUUCUGUCCUUAUACUGAAUUGGGUUGGGUCUUCUUCAGCAUCGCAGUACGUUAAAGAAUUGAAGGACUCAACAUGGUUGAACGCUAACAAAGUCUUUCAGUAUUGUCGUGAGAGCCUUCCUGAACAUGUUGAGUGGUUACGCUCAUGGCUUUCUUGUCUGGAUGAAUUGUGCGUAGUUGUUGGAGAGCAUUUUCCAUACGGUCUAAAAUGGAAUAAAAAUGGUCCCAAACUACCCUUACCAACUGUUGAAAUACGCCCAAUUCAGUCUUUACAAGAGGUUCGUACCAAUACACAUGAAAGAACUUCAAAAAAGAUCAAGCAAAAAAAUCUACAGCCUUUCGAAACAUAUGAGCAGGAAUACGUUAGUCAUCUUUCUUCAUUUCAAUUAUUUAGCAAUAGACUUAGUUGUCUUUCUUGUUAUAAACGCCGCCGUAAAUGUACAAAAAGUAGUGGUUCAGACUAUGCUAACUGUGUAAACAAGCAAACCCUAAACGAUACUAGACAGGCUGACCAAGAUGGAAGUGCUAAGGAGACUUUAUCGCUAUCAACCAUUAGUCACACUCCGGGUGCUGGGGACGGGGCUUCAGCUAGUUUAGGCGACUGGUCUACGGUUCACCAACUUGAUGGAAUUGAUGCUUCAAAAGUGAAUUUAUUAUGUGAGGGCAGCAGCAACAAUACGUCAUCUGUAUUAGGCGUUCUCAACAGAGUAGAGUUCUGUGAUCGUUUAGAAUCCAUAGUUCUUCGGCUUGAAAGGAUAGCACAAACAAUAACACCAGAAAAAACUCCUGGACUGGUUGCUUUUGAACAGAUUAUUGCUAAUAGCCUUAAAAACUAUAUCGCAUGUAGUAGAAAGUUGGGAGGAAACAUACAAUCUCAGUCAUUAUGUGUCCAAAACGCUUUCGGCUUCGUCAGGGAUCUCAUUGAACUAUCCAACAUUUAUAGCAAACCAACUGAAGUGGAUAUGGAUAUUCACUUAAAGCCUCUUCAUUAUAAGAUGAUUGAAAUAGCAAACUUCAGGGUUGGAGCUAUGUCCGUACGGAAGUGUCAGCUAUCGACCAUCGCAGAUUCUGUCCUUAUACUGAAUUGGGUUGGGUCUUCUUCAGCAUCGCAGUACGUUAAAGAAUUGAAGGACUCAACAUGGUUGAACGCUAACAAAGUCUUUCAGUAUUGUCGUGAGAGCCUUCCUGAACAUGUUGAGUGGUUACGCUCAUGGCUUUCUUGUCUGGAUGAAUUGUGCGUAGUUGUUGGAGAGCAUUUUCCAUACGGUCUAAAAUGGAAUAAAAAUGGUCCCAAACUACCCUUACCAACUGUUGAAAUACGCCCAAUUCAGUCUUUACAAGAGGUUCGUACCAAUACACAUGAAAGAACUUCAAAAAAGGCUUUACAUCCCAAAUUAUCAGUACAAUCACAACCGGAUCCAGUUGAUGUCACUAAGUUGCUUGCUGAACUAGCAAAUGCUCAUAAAAAUUUACGCCAUAUCAGUGUAUCUGAUAUACUCUGA